GACAUGGACUCCGCCAUAAACCACGUCAACCCUCUUCCGUGUUUCAUCUUUGCUCUCGACAUCCUGGCCUGGGCCUGACACAAUGACAUUCGUUGGCAAUCUGACAUGCGGUUUAGCGUUCAGGCUCAGAUUACCUUCACAUAACAACCACGCCUCCUUGCAUCUUUGACCUCGAAUCCAGACGUCGCCUGCCUAUCCGACCUUGUACGUUCUUUACCUUUUAUGUUCAUGUAUUGACGAACAUCAACUAUGAACCGCGCUGAGCGUGACGUUGUUCUUUCACCAUCAGACAGUCUGGUCUGGGACCCGGCGAGUUCCAUUCCGACUCUGAUUGGCAGUCUUCUGUCGCUGGCGGCUACCUCGACUGUCAUCUUGCUUUGGAUAUUUGCGGGUGGGAGGAAGAGAGACUUUCGAUAUGCGCUGAUACUCAAUCUUACAGUUGCUGAGUUUCUGAACGCGCUGAACAACUCGGUCUCGGGAAUCGCUGCCAAUGUGUUGAAGAAACCGCUCUCUCCAGGCGCAGCGUGCAACUUCAAUGGAUGGGCAGGGCAGUUUUCGGUGCAGGCCGUUGAUUUCUCCAUCCUGGCCAUCUCCAUCAUCACACUCCUUACCAUUCAACUUCGCUCCUUCAUCAUCUACGCAUCGACUACAACCAAAACGUUGAUAUGUCUAUCGAUCUGGAUCAUCCCUUCUUACACUAGCAUUCACGCCUGGCGCAAAGAAUACUACGGCCCCGUGUCGGGGAACUGGUGUUGGAUCACCGCCCACCACCCCCGCCAGCGCUACACCCUAUCUCACGCCUGGCGCUUCGCCAUCCUCAUCAUCACAUUCUGCACAUACAUCUUCGUCUUCGUGUACAUGUCGCGCCGACUCAAGCCGCAGGAGCUCUCCAGAUCAGCAAUCAUCGACAUAGACGAAGACGACGACGACGACGAAGAGUUCGCAGACCUAGGACGCGCACCGCACCGCCGCGACAACGCCGUGCUGAGUGGCUGCAGCACGCCCGCCAUCUCAAUCCACGCCCGCCAUCCAUCCGCCUCUCAUGAACCGCACGCUCAUCGCCGGAACAACAGCAGCGUACGCCUCUCAGCCAGACUAUCCACGCACCUCAACCUCUCAAGCCGCACUCUCGACCGCCCCUCCCCAUCAGGUUUCCAACCACUCCCGUCCUGCCCCUCCCCCACAUCCCCAACCCUCGACUUCGAAAAAUCAUGCCCACCACCCGAUGUAGAGAAACAACCCCUCGCACACAUACACUCCGAACCAGCAUCCCCCAUCACCACCACCACCACCGCCCGCCAACAAACAACACGAACAACCGCAACAGCCUCCCCCCCAAAAUCCAGUCUCGACCGCGAGAUAUGGCGCAUGACCCUGCUGAACAUGUACCCCGUCACGUAUUUCAUCCUGUGGAUCCCGGGUAUUGCGAAUCGUGUCGCGGAGGCGAUGGGCGUGUCGAGUCGGGUGUUGGUUGUUAUGCAAUGUUCUACGCAGUUUGUGGGGGUGGCGAAUGCGGGGGUUUAUGUUUGGAGGGAGCAUUGGGGGGGUGGGAGGGGGUGGCGGAGGGUGAGGACAGGGGGGUAG